AUGCCUGUCACUAACUUCAACCACCCUGACCCCUACAAAUAUCAGACGGGUUUCGACUCGCACCAUGAGUCCGAAGCCAUUGAAGGAGCUCUACCAAUUGGCCAAAACUCCCCUCAGAAAGCUCCAUAUGGGUUAUACACUGAGAAGCUCUCGGGUACUGCCUUCACCGCACCGCGCCGUGAGAAUAAACAAACCUGGGUUUACCGUAUUUUGCCAGCAGCAGCCCACGAAAACUUUAUCGCCGAGGAUGCGGAUUCGUACCAUACAUCUAUGACAACUGAAACCCAGAAGCUUCAUCAUAUCCCUAAUCAGCUGCGAUGGAAUCCAUUUGACCUUGACGAGAAGGUAGACUGGGUACAUGGAUUGCAUCUGAUCGCGGGAUCUGGAGACCCCACCAUGAAGCAAGGUCUAGGAAUCCUGAUGUAUGCAGCUGGUAAGGAUAUGGGCAAGGAAGCGUUCUAUUCUGCGGACGGUGACUUCUUGAUUGUCCCUCAACACGGUGUGCUAGAUAUCCAGACCGAGCUUGGUCGCAUUCUCCUACGACCGAAUGAGAUCUGCGUUAUCCCUCGUGGCGUGAGAUACCGAGUGACGCUCCCCGACGGCCCUGUGCGGGGCUACAUUUGUGAAUUAUAUCAGGGUCACUAUGAGCUCCCCGAGCUGGGCCCUAUUGGCUCCAACUGCCUAGCCAAUGCACGCGAUUUCCAGGCCCCCGUUGCUGCCUUUGACGACGAGGAGGAAAGUGAAUAUAAGCUUUACAGCAAGUUUAACAACACGCUUUUCUCCGCCAAACAGAAUCACACUCCCUUUGACAUUGUAGCCUGGCAUGGCAAUUACUAUCCCUACAAGUAUGAUCUGGGCCGAUUCAAUACUAUCGGUUCGAUCUCAUUCGACCACCCUGAUCCUUCCAUCUUUACUGUUUUGACGGGCCCCUCAGACCAUGUCGGUACUGCUAUUGCUGAUUUCGUCAUCUUCCCGCCUCGCUGGCUCGUGGCUGAAGGAACUUUCCGUCCACCUUGGUACCACCGAAACACAAUGUCGGAAUUCAUGGGCCUGAUCGCUGGAGAUUACGAUGCGAAGGUCGGUGGUGGCUUCCAGCCUGCUGGUGCGAGUCUGCAUAAUGUUAUGAGUGCACACGGUCCGGAUUCGGGCGCUUUCGAGGGAGCCAGCAAUGCGGAACUGAAACCUACCAAGGUAGGAGAUGGAAGCAUGGCUUUCAUGUUUGAAAGUACUCUCAUGGUUGGUGUUUCCGAGUGGGGACUGAAGAAAUGCCAGAAGGUGCAGCCAGAGUAUAACGAGCACAGCUGGAAGCCUUUGAAGCGGCAUUUUGUGAACCCCAACAAGAAGGCUUAA